GCUGAAUUUAAAUUAAAAUACGAAAACAAGCAAUUUUGCGUACUUUCUCCACUACCUCUCCGCAUAAACGCAAACCAGAGCCAUUUCUGUUGGGUUCUCUGCCCCUACGUGUUCCUCAUCCAAUCGGAAAAGGUUGUCAUUUCGAGCUCUGAGCAAACCCUAGCACACAGAUCAGCAGCAAGUAGAAGGAUUCGCGCAUUUCACCAUGGAUUCAGCAGCUCGACGAACCAGUGGAGGCGUAUUCGAAGGGCUUUACAGGGUCAUUAUGCGCCGUAACUCCGUCUACGUCACAUUCGUCAUCGCCGGCGCUUUCCUCGGUGAGCGGGCCGUGGAUUAUGGAGUUCAUAAGUUGUGGGAGUACAACAAUGUUGGGAAACGAUACGAAGACAUUUCAGUUUUGGGGCAAAGGCCAUCGGAAGAAUGAGCUAUCAACUCUCCUCUUUCACUAUUUCAUAGUUUUUGUACUUUUGAAAUGCUGGAGUAUACAAUCAUGCCCUAGAUAGAAAUUCUUAUUCUCGUAAUAAAAGUUUGAAUGGACCGAACUUAUUCAUCGAA